AAGAGGUAUUUCUGUAAUUGCAGGUUACACGAAGACGUUGAAGUUGCAGCUUUAAUAUCUAAUAAAAAUAUACAAUUAAAUAAAAAAAAUGUCUAUGAGAAGAGUGAACCUUGUCCUCCUGGUACUUGCUGCAUUGGUAUUUGUAAUCGUCCUCCACCAUCACCUCCUUAGUCUGGCAGAUUUCUUACGCAGAGAAGGGUCAAAUUUAGGUCUUGUAGGGAGCCAUCCAAUAGAUUUCAUCGCGGAAGCCCCUCCAGAAAUUUUAGAGGAGAGGACUGAUGAGGAGGUACCAAUAGUUAUAACAGCUGUAGAUGAGCGACUCGGCGGUUUAAUAGCAGCUGUCAACAGUAUUGUCAAGAACACCAAUUCAAAUGUUGUAUUCUACAUUGUCUCACUAAAUGAUACAGUAGAUCAUUUGAGAACCUGGGUAAGCAAAACAGAGCUGAAGAACAUAAACUACAAAGUGAUUGCAUUUGAUCCACACUGGCUGGAAGGCAAAAUCAAAACAGAUUCAAAGCUAUCUGAACCAGUAAAACCAUUAACCUUUGCCAGAUUUUACUUGCCUAAUUUUGUUCCUGAAGCAGAGAAAGUAAUUUACCUGGAUGACGAUGUUAUUGUUCAAGGGGAUAUCCAUGGGCUUUAUGACACUCCACUAAAACCAGGUCAUGCUGCUGCUUUCUCGGAAGACUGUGACUCUGUGAGUUCUAAAAUCGUGGUCCGCGGAGCAGGAAAUCAGUUCAAUUACUUAGGUUUUCUUGACUAUAAGAAAGAGAGCAUACGAAAACUUGGUAUGAAAGCCAGCAGUUGCACCUUUAACCCUGGUGUAAUUGUUGCAAAUCUAACAGAGUGGCGACACCAGAACAUUACACAACAGCUAGAGAGCUGGAUGGAACGUAAUGUGGCGGUCUAGUGCUGGACAGCGCCAUUCUGCAAGCUUCAUAAAAACUGCUAAAUUGCUGCACUGGAAUGGGCAUUACAAGCCUUGGGGUCGAACAUCUUUCUAUCCAGAGAUUUGGGAGAAGUGGUACAUCCCCGAUCCCACUGGGCAGUUUCGCCUUAUAAGAAGACAUGCCCAGGACUACCACUAGCUACCACUGAAGAGUGGAUUUCAUGUGCCGGAUAGCAAGAGACUGAACACCUGUCUGUAGAUCAGUGGAGCAGAGCAUUUUCCUCAGGAAUCUGUUUAAAAAAAAUGAAUUUGACUUGAAUACUGUUUAAGAUUGUUUUUCACACAUUUUAAUGCACAUUUAUUUUGUUGGAACAGAUUUUACUUGUUUCCACUGAGACUGCCGUACGAUUUGUCAGUGUUACGCACAUCAUGGAGAUUACUCCUGAAAAGACUGCCUAUGUGAUGCUUCGGAGAUAUUGCCCUGUUGAGGGGGUUAUUUAUACCAUGUACACUAAUCGCUAAUUUGGAUCUGGGUGUUUCUUUUUCUAAAAAUUACUAUUGGAUACACUUCUUUAAUGGGCAAUUAUUUGUUGCAGGUUUUCAUUUUCUGUAAAACCAUUUUUUUAAGUUUAUAUAAAAGAGCCCAAAGGCUAGAAAAAUAAAUCACCACUUCUUUUGUUA